AUGGGGCACCCAGCUGCGCUGGGCAUUCUGCUGAAAUGUAUCGGCAUGCAAGAGAAGCAAGAGAAAGGCAUAGAGAAUCAUCGAAUGAGAAAAAUGACGGACGUGGAGGCAGGUGUCAUCAACGAGGCAGCAGUCCUCUUGGCUUGCAACGGGGCAAGUGCAGAUCUCAUGAAAACCCUUGGAUUUUCCAAGAGCAUGAUCUUGAGAACAUACUCCAGAUUGGACACCUUGCUGGAGCAAGGACUGCCCAAUCCAGCAUUGGCACUCCUGUUUCCCGAGGUCACAGAACAGAAUGAGAUUGUGCGCAUGAUGGAUGAGUUGCUCCAUCGUUGCCAAGACUACGUCCGAGUUUUCCUCUUCGAUGGCGAGGCUUGCAACCAACUCUUGAAGAGCAUCAUUUUUGGCCAGCUGGAUGCGCAUCAUCGACGUAGCGUCAUGGACUUGAAGUUCUUCUCGAAGUUGACCUUUGGUGAGUGCCCAGGUCUUUCAGUGCUGCCCAGAUGCCCAAUCAAAUCCUGUUUCUUCGACCAGGAUCAGAUUUUUGCAAUGCAGGGACCAUCCCAUGCAUUAAAGAACACAGCAGCGCAGAUUUGUGCAGAGGGCAAAGUGGUGUUCUUCGGGAAAUUCAUGACAGACUGCUCAGGCAUGCUGGCCAAUGAUUUGCCGCUCCCUGCGUUCAACAGAAAGGAUGGCAUGAGCGAUCGCCUGACCGCACUCCUUUCAUCACCCAUGUAUCUCAUUCCAAAUGAGGUUCUCGGAGUGGCAGAGAUUGAUGAUGUUUGCAUCCCCUGGAUGAAGGCAUGUGCCAAAAAGGCUUUGGCAGCAGCGUUGCUUCUGGUCAGCAAAUGCUCCGGAAUUGAGACACAAGAUUUGGAAGCCCUGUAUCGGAAGGAGUCGGUGGGUGACUUUUUCACCUACGAGGAGGAAACCGGAGAGGUUGAUCUCCUUGAGCAUGCUUACAUGGAGGUUGAAUGCGAGGAGGCCAUGAAGGCAGAGCACAAUGAGUUCCAGCAUGUCUUGACCCAGAUUGAGUCAGUGGCCCAGGAAGAGUAUGCUGAUGAUGAGAACAGCGAUGGAGAUGGAGAAGCCCCACAGCCUGUGGAUCCUGACAGAUUGCUUCCAGAUGGUGAGGGUUUGAUCAAUCUGACAACCUGUGCAGAUUCGCCUUCAGAUGAUGCCCCGCUGCCUUACCCCAAGACCUUGGAGGAGGAGGGGUUUUAUGAAAU